AGUCCCAGACUAUAUGAAGAUGUAUAAAAACAAAUUAAUUCACCUUGGUUGAAAAUGAGUCACAAGAAAUUCCAGAGACAUAUGUUUUGCUUUUUAGAAAAUUAAAGAAACUUUUAAUUUCUAUAUGGAAUAAUUCGUGCGGUAAAAAUUGAAAGGACAAAAGCACUGCAGUCAGAAAAGGGUUACAGUGGCUCAGAGUGAACAAUGGCUGUUUGUUUCUUCAGGAACCUGCAGCAACCUGCAGAACCAAAGUAUGUUUGACAAGUCUGAAACGGUUUGAAAAGUUGCACUUGCCAGGUGUAAUCAUCUUUAGGUGUGGACUUUCUCUGCCCAAACCUAUUGCUCUCCAAAAGAUCUGUUUUUUUCUCCCUCUCAAAAAGGAAACAGCUGUCUCUCCUUGUGUGCAGGUGGUGCUUAGGCAAAUCCUCCUGCUUACACAUUUUCAAAAUGGAUUUUCUUAUUCAUUUGCAACCAGUAUGUUUAAACAAUAACCGGGUAAUAAUGUUAGAUGUUAUAAAAUUAGAUAAACAGAAUAAAACUCAAUUGACUGAUAUAUUUCAAACCCAUUUUGCCUCAAUACACAAUAACCUGUUCAUUUAAUGCAACGAUAUUCCCUCGGUUUAAAAGCGCACAUUUAGCAUAUUUCUUUUCCAUUAAAUACACAUAUUUCUUUGCCCUUUUACUGAAGCAAGUCUGUUGUCAAUGCUUGCCAUGGACUAUUUUUGAAGCCUUUCAAUCCCCAUAAGCUCUCAUAACAUAGGCUUGUUAGUUAUAUAGUUAAGGCUCACCAAAUUAGUCUGCAAGUAAAGCUGCUGGAUUUAACAUUUUCUAAAAAUGCCUUUGAUUGGCUCCUUUGAAUGCCUUUUUGUUAUGGCUUCAUUCCAAGUCAUUGGAAAACUUCAACUUGAGCAGACCAGUUGAUCGGUCUAUUGUAAUAUUGUAUUUCAGUCUGAAAGUACUGACCUUUGUUUUCGCUAGUGGGAGAAUCGCGAACAAGGAGACAUAACUACAAGAUAAAGGGCUUGUCAUUUAAAACUGAGCUGCAGACAAUAUAGGAAUUCACCAAAUGGGUCGAAUUGCAGACAUGCUGACCUUUGUGGAAUGUGAGGCUUUAUACACAAAGCUGACAAACCCGGAGAAGGACAUUACUCAGGAAUUUAACAACAUGUUAGAAGAAAAUGACAAUCUUUUCAAGACUAGAAAACGCAGAGAAAUCACCGAUUUCAAAGACUGCAAGGGAAUUCUGAUCAACUGGCUGAGAAUGGAUGGUGACAGUAUGUACUGGGAUCGGCUGUCACGAGCAUUGAGACAGGUUGGUCGGGAAGACGUAGAUAAAGAAAUGAGAAAGAACAUGAACCAAGACAAAACCCUGGAGGUGCAAAAGAAUAUUGAAGAAUAUGGUAAAAUAUUGAAACAUGCCCAUUCCUCACUAGUUGUGACAGAUGAUGAAAUCAAAGUUAAGGAGCAAAACAGAGAAAAACGUAGUGAAGCUCUGGAAAUCAACUGGGAUGAACUGGAACUCAUUGUUGAAAUGGAAAAGCUCCCACCAUAUCCAAGAAAACUCACAGAAGGAUUCAAGACAGUACUUUGGGGUGUUUUUUUUGGAUAUUUUAGUUCCACAAUCUUAGGUGCAAUCACUCUGUACUUCAUCAUUAAAAUAACAGAGAGAGAUUGUAUGGAGAUAAUGCGUCGGUCCAGCGUGCUUCAACGCAUCAGGCAUCGAAGAAAACAAGUGAAACAUGAAGUCUGCUCUUCAGACGAUGAAAGCUGUGUGUGAGGAAAAAACUUCCAAACACGCCAAACGUUAUUUUCCACAAUUCCAUGCAGUAAACCAUCACCAGAGAUGUCAAAAUCAAAAAUGAGUACUGACUAAAAAGCUGCCUUUAGUAUGUUUUCAUUAACCAUAAA